CACCAUCCACCAUCCACCACCACCUCAACUUCAACGUUAACUCACACAACCAACUCAUAGUUGCCCUGCCGUCUAUUUUCCCUAACGAUUGCGCCAUCGAGAAGAGCUGCAGAUACCCGCCGCUUACUCUCACAUUUCAUUCGUUGGCUUGCCCAUAUAUUUCGCCGCCAUCUCAGUCAUAUUGAACCCCGUCAGGAUGGGCGGCAAGGUUGAUGUUUACUUGGACAUCGCGUCUCUGUACAGCUAUGUUGCUUUCUACCACAUAAUCAAGAACCAGGAGCUCCUCGCAGCGCACGGGGUCCAGAUAGACAUCCACCCAGUCCUGCUCGGCGCCAUCAACGCCGCUUCGGGAAACAAACCACCAUGGACCCUCCCGGCCAAGGCAAAGUAUGGCAACUUUGACGCCCGCCGGUCCACAUUGCGGGUGGGCAAGCCCGACAUCACGAUGCCCGACAACUUCAUGGAGCGCAGCAUGACGGUCCGCACCCUCCGUGUCCUGCACGUCAUCAAGUCCAGCUACCCGGAAGCCGUGUACCAGACGGCCUGGCACUGGCUCCUUCACUGCUUCUGGGAGCCGCCGGCCCUCAAUCUCACCAAGCCCGACGUCCUGGACCAGGCCUUGGCCGACACGCCCGCGCGAUACCCCCCGGGGGACGCCGCGGACAGGCUGUUCAGCGAGACGGAGGUGCGGAAGAUCCUGGAGGGCGCCGCGACGCAGGAAGCCAAGGACGCGGUCAAGGUGAGGACGCAGGAGGCGAUCGAGCGGGGCGCGUUCGGCGCGCCGUGGUUCUGGGCCGUCAACGACGCGGGCAAGGGGGAGCCGUUCUUCGGCAGCGACCGGUUCCACUUCCUGUACGAUCAUCUGGGCGUCCCGUACCAGGACAUUGCCAUCCUCCCGCCGCAGAAGAGCAAGCUGUAGUGUAUGUGUGUGUGUGUGUGUGUGUGUGUGUGUGUGUAUGUGUGUGUGUGUGUGGUGAAAGCUUGACAACGACGAGCGGUUGUCUAUUUUGUAUUUUAUGGACAGCAGGGUAUCUCUUUCGUGACCGUAAA